AGGCGGCGGCGGCGGCGGCGGUAGGUUGGGCCCGGCGGGGCGGAGCGGCGGUCCCGGCUCCUGCGGCGGCCCGCGGUGACGGGCGGUGCGCGGUGUCCCUUGGCAGGGUGCGAGGCGUGACGGGAGCGCCCGGCGGAGCGGCGCGCCGCCGUGGAUGAGAGCCCGGCCGGCAGCGAGGCGGCGCCGCAGCCCGGCCGGCAGCCAUGGCCGCCGUGGUGGCCAAGCGCGAGGGGCCGCAGUUCAUCAGCGAGGCGGCGGUGCGGGGGAACGCCGCCAUCCUGGACUACUGCAGGACGUCGGUCUCGGCCCUGUCGGGCGCCACGGCGGGGAUCCUCGGCCUGACGGGCCUGCACGGCUUCAUCUUCUACUUCCUGGCAUCCGUCCUCCUCUCCGUGCUCCUGGUGCUGAAAGCCGGCCGGCGGUGGAACAAGUACUUUAAAUCCCGACGGCCGCUUUUCACGGGGGGGCUUAUAGGGGGGCUCUUCACCUACGUCCUGUUCUGGACUUUCCUGUACGGCAUGGUUCACGUCUACUAAACUAACCAGGAGCCACGUUAGCUGCAGCGGUUUUUAACGAAGCAGGAGGACUGUUGCCAAGUUACCUACACAGCUAGGCCAGCUCACCUUUUACACUGUUGUUCAUCGCUUGUAUUGUUAAUACUGUCAGUAAAUUAUGUCCAAGUACAAAUGAAUCGGUAGUACUGUUCUAAUUAAAUUGAAUGUGAAGCACCA